GUUAUGACGUCAUAAGCCCGUGCCACGAUUCCGCGUCUGUGAUUCGGCUGAAGAGAGGACAAAGUGUUCAAACAGAAAAACUUGUUAUUUAUCUGAAAAGAUGGCAUUAAUCAAAGAGGAGAGUGAAGAUGUGAAGAUUGAAGAAACAUUCAGAGUCAAACAAGAAGAUACUGAGGAACAAACAGACCUGAUGGCAAUUAAAGAGGAGAGUCAAGAUCUGAAUGAAAUGGAAAAAGAUCUGCAUGAAAAAGACCACAGUUUCAUAACUGGAGAAAAAUCUUUUUGUUUUUCACAGCCUGAAAAUACUUCCUCACAAAAAAGAGCUAAGAAGUCUAGAUCUAGAACUUGCCAACAAUGUGGAAAGAGUCUGAACAAAAAAGACAGCAUUAUAGCUCAUAUGAGAAUUCACACUGGAGAGAAGCCUUACUCCUGCCAACAGUGUGGAAAGAGUUUCCCACGAAAAGAAAGUCUUAGGAUUCACAUGAGAAUUCACACUGGAGAGAAGCCUUACUCCUGCCAACAGUGUGGAAAGAGUUUCCCACGAAACGAAAGUCUUAGGCUUCACAUGAGAAUUCACACUGGAGAGAAGCCUUAUUCCUGCCAACAGUGUGGAAAGAGUUUCCCGCGAAAAGAAAGUCUUAGGAUUCACAUGAGAAUUCACACUGGAGAGAAGCCUUACUCCUGCCAACAAUGUGGAAAGAGUUUCCCACAAAAAGAAAGUAUUAGGAUUCACAUGAAAAUUCACACUGGAGAGAAGCCUUACACCUGCCAACAGUGUGGAAAGAGUUUCUUACGUAAAGAAGGUCUAACAAUUCAUAUGAGGAUUCACACUGGAGAAAAGCCAUUUGUGUGUGGUCAGUGUGGAAAGAGUUUCCCUCAUAAAGCAACUUUGCAUGCUCACAUAAGGCUUCACACUGGAGAGAAGCCUUACAGCUGCCCACUGUGUGGAAAAACUCUGAACCACAAAGGACAUCUUAGGGCUCACAUGAGAGUUCACACUGGAGAGAAGCCUUUCACAUGUGAUCAGUGUGGAAAAUGUUUCGUAUGUAAGGAAGGCCUAACUAGGCACAUGGAGAUUCAUUCAAGAGAGAGCAGUUUUAUAUGCCCUCAGUGUGGAAGUACAUUCACAGACAGGAAACUCUUUAAGCGCCACGUUAAAACACAUCGUACAUGAUGAGCCUUUCAUGUGUCAUCACUGUGGAAAGACUUUCACAAGAAAAGCACGCCUCAAGACUCAUGAGAAUUCACACUGGAUAGAAACCUUUAAUGUGAACAAUGUGGAAAGACUUUCAGACAGAAAACAACACUUUAUAUACCCACAUUAGAGUUUACACCACAGAGCAGUGUUGUAGUCGAGUCACCAACUGUCGAGUCAAGAGUCGAAUUUCGAGUCCCAGUGUUCGAGUCCAAGUCCGAGUCACCCAAGAAUAGUCCGAGUCGAGUCACCAUUACUAGAGUUUGAGUCCGAGUCGAGUCUCGAGUCAAGUCUCGAGCUCCUAGUGCCUACAUGUCUCCACUCUGGGACCUUCAAAGAACUGAUAAAAUGUAUUAAAGAGGUACUACAUUAAACAAAAAUGAUAAUUUGGUGGUGACUGGGGCAGAGGAGGGACGGGGGGUUAAGUUUGGGAGCGAGUUCAGCUUCCUGAUGUCCUUCAGUCUGCUGGUCCUGGCCUGGAGACUCCGCAGUCUCCUCCCUUAUUCAAUAAGCUAAAAGUAUUUGUUUUAUACAUUAUUAGUAGUUACAUAAUUUAUUUAAAUCCUUUUUUAUGAUCCUGCUGAUAAUCGUUUUAUAGAACCAUCAGAUUAUGUGUGGGUAGCAACAAACACUACUUUCAUGCAUCUGAUGUCAGGUACCAUGGUUGAAUCAGCGUUGAAUUAGGUUUUGAUUUAGCAAAUUGGAUCAACGUUGAUAGUUAAAUCGUUUCACCAUGGAAGUAAAAAUGUUGAUUCACAGUUGAAAUCCUUUUAACCUAAUACCUUUUAAACAGUCAAUCAUCGUUAAACGUUCAAGCAAGCAUUAAAUUAGAAAGAUUUUAAUAUAGCAAUCUAGCUUAAACGUCAACACUGAGAUGAAAGCUUUGAUUUUCUGUGCAUAUUUUUUGUUUUCACCAACUAAUAAAUCAUGCUGUACAUGAUUUGCAAUCGAAGGGCAUGAAAAAAAACUACUUUUAAUAGUUUUCUAACAAUUAGAUGUCCAUUGAUCAGCAGUGAAGGGAUGAGAUUCUCAACAUUCUAUAGAAGAAAAACUUUGGAACAAUAAUGCCAAAUGUAAUAAUAACAAACAGUCUAAUUAGAAUUUAUUUAAACAUACUAUAUAUAGUGUACGUUUCCACAGAAUUUCUUGAGACAUUUCUUGUUUAACAACAAUAAAACAAUGUACCAUUAAACCCUUAAGACAGUAUGUCAGAAUGCAGAGAGGAAUUUCAUUCUAGAAACUUUAUUUCUAGAACCAUACAUUUUUUCUAGUAAGUCAUUUAAAAUAAAAGAAUGUGUCUUUAAGGAAGAGUCUUCUUCUGGCCACCACCAGCUAUCUUCUGUGGUGCAUAUUUUAAGUAUUUGAACAUGGUCUCCAAUAUUUUUGUGCUUGUCGUGUUGUGUGUAUUGAUAAAUGCAUCUAAAGAGAAAAAUCAGUUCAGAUCAACAAAAUUGCUCUAAAAUUAUGGAAGAUCUUUUCAAAGAAGUUAUUAAGAUAACAAUUGACCUUGUCAGCUGAUGUGAAUAAGUCAUUCUACACUCGCUGCCUUCAGGAUCUGCCUCAGAUACACGAAGGCUUCAUCAAGCAAAUGGGAGAAAAGAUUUAAGUUAAAGAUUUUUAAGUACAUUUCUAGUAAUAUCCAUGACUAUGAAGGUAAGGGUAGUAAUGUUAUACAAAGUUAAAUGCUAAAUCUGACUAGACUGACUACAUUCUGGGUUUAAACAAAGGAUUAAAUGGUACAUGCUGUUAAAUAUAUCUUAGAAUGGUAACACCACACUAGCAAGUGACAUUUAACUAGAAGUUUUUGAGCUGGCUUAUAUUAUUGCAGAACUAUGUCAGAACCAAUAAAAUUACUUGAUGAAAUUGUAAUUUGGAUUACCACUACCCAAAUUAUCAUUAACACUCAAACACAAAUAUCAAUGGAUUGUUUAUUGGAUGCCAGGAAAAACCCAUUGGAUGUCACACUGUUAAAUUUUCAGGAAAAUAAUGUGUAAAGAUUUCACUACAUUAUGUACUAUUAUUAUAGGGUUUCGCUACAUUAUGCUUCUAUAAAAUUUUCUAUCUCCUCUGAAAAUAUCUUUGCAGAAUUAUUUGUGUAGUGCCUAAUAUCGAUUUACAGUGAAAAACUGAAAAUAUUGACUCUUAUAUGUAAGAACAACAGAGUUUGAGCUAUUAAAUGAUCAAAUUCAAUCCUGGUGAUGUCAGUGCCCUAAAUAAUCUUAUAAUGGACUAUUUCACAUCCGGAGAUUAAGGACCAAUGAUGAAGUUUCCUCAAAAGGCCGCCUCAGUCUCCACUCGUGUGUAAAAACUUAUGAACAACUGACAGAAGCUUUCUAUCCUUGUGUGCCAUUAGCUUUAGUGGUUUCAAAGUAACCAUUUUGUAUCUUUUACAUGUACAGUGACUAAAGUAAGUAAUAUACCACAGUGAAGUGACUCUUACUUGACUGUUGUACUUUUGUUUUCAAUGCCAAUCCUUAAAACAUUUUUUUUUUUUCAAAAUUCCAUUUAUGAAAAAUAAUAGCAAUCAGUCGACUUCAGAUAACAAUGGGUCUCAUUCACUUAAUAUGCGUAGGCACAGAUUUUUGCGUGAAAUGUGCGUACGCACGUUUUCACGAAUAAACCAUGAUUCAUCAAAAACUUUAGAAAAGAUUCAAGAAUAACUUAUACCACACGUACGCAAUAAUCAUGUACAACCGGGGCCUUAUAAGCAUGUGUUAAGAACCCUACAUAUAAUUAGAUGUUAUUGAUAAAUUAUAAUUAGAGUUCCAAUUUUUAUAUAUAUAUAUAUAUAUAUAUAUAUAUA